AUUACCUAUUUUUUUAACAUGUCGUCAUUCAGAAAUUGAAUAAUAAUAAUAAUAACUCAUGUCUCAUUCUAACCUGUAUUUGUGUGUGUUAAAUAAUUGACUUUAUAAAAACAACACGAGCACGUAAACUUGCACGUUGUUAUAAACAAAAAGAUAUAAUAAAUUAAACAAGUAAUUUAAAUUUAUUUAUAAUAAAUAAAUAAAUAGUGACCAAGUGAACAUAUAUUUAUCAAAAGUUUAAUAAUAAUAUAUCAACAAGAUGCAAAGUACAAAAAGAACAGCUCCAAAUAUAUUAAUAACAGGUACUCCAGGAGUUGGUAAAAGUACAAUGGCUAAAUUAUUAGCUGAACGAACAAAAAUAGCAUGGAGAGAUGUCAGUAAAAUAGCUAUUGAAAAAAAAUGUCUUGAAGAUUAUGAUGAAGUUUAUAAAUGUCCAGUUCUUGAUGAAGACAAAUUAUUAGAUAGCAUGGAAGAUGACAUGAGUAAAGGUGGUAAUAUUGUUGAUUAUCACAGUGCUGAUUUAUUUCCUGAAAGAUGGUUUGAUAUUGUAUUUGUUUUACGUACAACAAAUAAAAUAUUAUAUGAUCGUUUAACAUCACGUGGUUAUCAAGGUAAAAAACUUGAAGAUAAUAUUGAUUGUGAAAUAUUUCAAACAAUUCUUGAAGAUGCUAAAGCAUCAUACAAAGAAGAAAUUGUUCAUGAAUUACAAAGUAAUACACCUGAUGAAAUUCAAGAUAAUGUUAAUAGAGUUUGUCAAUGGAUUGAACAAUGGAUAAAUGACAAUAAUGUAUCAUAAAAUUAAUAAUAAAAUUUCUUUAUAAUUUCAA